AUGAUCACGGACGUGCAGCUCGACGUCUUAGCCAACAUGCUGGGCGUGUCACUCUUCCUGCUUGCCGCUCUUUACCACUAUGUGGCCGUCAACAAUCCCAAGAAGUAA